UAAAAAAAUAUUCAAAAUGAGGCAAUGGCUAUUUCCACAAAAAUAUUAUCAUCAAAACAAAUGCAAACAUUGUCGAAAUAAAAGUUUUUGUAAAAGACAUGGAAAUAUUCGUUUAGUUCACAGAGAUGUGUUAGACCCUUGCAUGUGGAUUAAUCGGCAUAUUGAGAAUCAUUAUAAACCUUUAGAAUUACCCUGGACUUUGUGUUUAAAAAGUAUUUUCCACUGGAACAAUGAAACAUUAAAUAUAUGGACACAUUUGAUUGGACUUUUUAUUUUAACUUAUCUCCAAUAUUGGACUUUAUUGGAGGCAUUGCCAAGUGUUCAAGCUCCGAUAAUUGAUUAUCUAGUUAUGACUAUGGCAAUGCUUUGUUGCCAGCUUUGUAUGUUGCUCUCUUCUGCUUAUCACAUUUUUGGUUGUCACUCCCCCAUACGUCGAAAACAAUGGCUUAAAGCUGAUCUUUUUGGUGUUUCUGCUGCUUUAGUUGGUUUAUAUAUGUCUGGAUUGUAUACUUCUUUUUAUAAUUUCCCUGAAAUUCGGCGUUUUUACGGAACUUUAAUUGGAGCAAUGUCUAUAACUACAUCUUUAUUUGCAACUAGUCGAUUUUCUGAAAGAAAUACACAAAAAAGAGUUGGGCUAUUAGAAUUACUUUAUUUGUCAAUGGCUUUAAUAGCUAUGGCACCAACUUUGCAUUGGAUACAGGCAAAUUAUAAAUAUUUUUUUAAGAUGUUUAUAAUAUUGGGAUAUAUGGAUAUAACCGAGCUCUAAUUGAAUUGCCUCCAUUAGAAUUACCCUUCGGGCCCCGUAGGUAAUUCUUGGGUUCGUAUCCCUCUUUUUCCUUCCUCAAAGUAUUAAAAAAUGGUCAGUCAGUCUUAUGUUAUAGAAAUCGUCGAGCUGUGUCGAAUGACACCUAAAUCAACCCCCGGUCUUAACUUUGGGCCGAGAUACAUACGCUCGAAAAUUGAAAAAUGACAGGGUGGACCAAUCUCAUUUUUGGGCUAAAAAUUCUAUUAAAUAAAUAAUAGCUCCGGGAGGAGCUUGAAUAUUGGGAUGGCCGGCCGUUUAUUAAAAAUAAACGAAUC